CACUGUCAGUGACGCAAAGAUGGCGUCCUCCGCUGCCCGGCUUCUCUGCUCCGGACUGAGCGGUCGGUUCCUCUCCGUUUCUGCCCGUCAUGCAGCACUCUGCCCGGCCUUAGUGUGGCCUAGUCCCCGGGGAGAGAGAACCGAGAACCGGAGCCUCUGUCCGGCGUCAGGGAGAAAUGUGGUGACAUUGAGAGGAGUGACAGGCUUCAGGUCGAGUCGCUCGUUCCACACCAGCAGCAGUCGGGGGGGGAGCCAGCAGGAUCUGUACCAGGUGCUGGGCGUCCCGCGCUCUGCGACUCAGAAGGACAUCAAGAAGGCUUACUACCAGUUGGCAAAGAAGUUCCACCCCGACACGAACCCAGACGACCCCGAGUCCAAAGAGAAGUUCGCCAAGCUGGCCGACGCCUACGAGGUGCUGAGUGACGAGCUGAAGAGGAAGCAGUACGACACGUACGGAGCAGCGGGCUUCAACCCAAGUGAAGGCGGGGGGGCGGGUCAGCAGCAGUACUACAAAGCGGGGGGGUCCAGCAUCGACCCGGAAGAGCUGUUCCGGAAGAUCUUCGGAGAGUUCAGCGGGGGGAGGGGCUUCGGAGACUUCAACAGCAUGUUCGAACAGAGACCAGAGUUUGUGAUGGAGCUGACGUUCUCCGAGGCAGCGAAAGGCGUUCAGAAGCCUCUGACGGUGAACCUGGACGCCGCCUGUCCGCGCUGCGAUGGGAAGGGGAACGAGCCCGGCACCAAGGUGUCUCACUGCCACUACUGCAACGGCACCGGCAUGGAGUCUAUGAACACGGGUCCCUUCAUGAUGCGCAGCGCCUGCCGCCGCUGUGGAGGAAGAGGCUCCAUCAACAUCACCAUCUGCCUCCUGUGCCGAGGCUCCGGACAGACCAAGAAGAGGCAGACCGUCUCCGUGCCCGUCCCCGCAGGAGUGGAGCACGGUCAGUCAGUGCGCAUGUCAGUGGAAAGUAAAGAGAUCCUCAUCACGUUCAGGGUGCAGAGGAGCCCGGUGUUCAAGAGGAACGGAGCCGACAUCCACUCCGACGUGUUGAUCUCCGUGGCUCAGGCCAUCCUCGGGGGCACCGCCACGGGGCCGGGUCUCCACCAGACCAUCAGCAUCAUCGUUCCUGCCAGCUGCGAGGCAGAUCAGGUGAUCCGGCUGGAGGGGAAAGGGAUCCGCAGGAUGAACAGCUACAGCUACGGAGAUCACUACGUGCACAUCAAGAUCAGAGUGCCAAAGAAGUUGACGCGCAGGCAGCGCUCUCUGCUGCUCAGUUACGCUGAAGAAGAGACGGACGUACCGGGGACGGUGAACGGAGUGGAGCCCUCUACAGGUGGAAAAACAAGCUGAUGAAGAAUCCACGGAGUGCCCUGGAAGAGGAAGACGUGUUUUUGUGUCGUCUCUUUCACACGGGGAUGAAUCUGCGGCUGACAAACAGGCCGUGUGAAGGCCAGGAGAAACGAGAUGGACUCCUGGCCGCUGCUCACUUUGAACCGCUGCUCUUUGAGACUGUCAGAAGAAAGAAAUGACUUUAUUUCACCGCUCACAUCUCGACUUCAGUUUAGUGAGCCUCCUGUGAGCUCGCCCUCUCCUCUGAACUCAAACUGUCCGUGUUGCUUUCACAACCCAACCGGUACAUUAAAACGCUGAGCUCUCCAUC